ACGAAACGCCUCCUACGUGUAUGGUAGACAGAAGAACAAGAUGAUCGAAUCGGAGUACUCUCCCUAUUCCGAAGACGAAUUCGAAGGCGAAUCGGAAGACGAGGGCGUCGAACGCUCGCCCAAAGAAGAUCACCACUCCAGUGGACAUCACAGUCUCUCACGAUCACCAGACGUACAAUCGGGCAACUCACUGACGGCCAACCCCUCCACCCCAUCGACAACCAGCAACGCUCGCAGAGUGAGAAUGAAACGAACAAGCCGCAAUAGUUCUAACAAAGCCGCCAAAGCGCGACCAGCGGCGAUGAAAGCAGCAAAACGACCUCAAACUCCAACCGCUCGUGUGAGCGCUAGGAAGCACAAGGCGCGCGUUCAUCAGUUCGAUGCGAUGUCGGAAAAGAGCAGACACUCUCCGAAGAUCACGCCUAAACGCACAGCAACGAUUAUCUCCGUGGCAGAGCCGUCGCCACUGGAACGCGUCAUCCUUGCCAAACAGGAAACAAUAACUGAGCUGUCUGAUAGGCUCGUUAUCAAGGACAGUGAGGUUAAAGAGUUGAGGAAGGAAAAUAAACUGCUAAGGACUGUUCAGUUUCGUCAGGGGAAGGCGCUCGAUCGGUUUCAGAAUGCUGAGGCCGAGCUGCCGCAGCUUGUCAACCGUCACACGCUUGAGAUGGCUGGGUUGAAGCAGAGAUUGAGAAAGAGUCAGAACAGAUUGAUGGCGACCGAGCACAAGAUGAGGGAGCAGAACGAGGAGGUUUGGAAGUUGAAGGUGAUGUUGAAUGAAGUUACCAAACUGUCGGGUGAUAAACACUUGCUGGAGAGAGACAGACUGAGACAGAUGCUGAACAAGACAAAUGAGAAGUUGGAUGAGAAGACAAAGAGGGUCGUGGACCUGGAGAAGCACGUUGAAUUGCAGGGUAAGACACACAAUCGCGAAGUAAAAGACCUAAAGUUAAAGUAUAAACAAGCGGUGCAAGAAGCCGAGAAAUGGCAGGAACAAUACGAGACAGUUUUCUUCCAACUCAAGGAGAAGCUCAAGGAGUUGGAGAUCAAGAACAUUUACAGUCAAAGAAUAAUUAGGAACACGCCACGAACUCUACCUCCCGUCGCACAUGCAUCUACAUCUACACAAGAUGUUGCAGUCAACACGGAGACCCUUACCAUUGGUGACGUUAGGCCGCCGACUGACAUGACAUCAGGAACGUCUGUUUCACUGACCGAAAGCACGACUAGUGUACUACCAGACAAGCAGUCGCCUAGUCCAACACACUCGUUGCCUAGACCUCCAUCACAACCACGACCGCUCAACAUGCCAAGACGCAACUCUCCACGUUUGUUUUCUUCGUCUACUGUGAGGGACAGUGCCAUGUCUAAUGGUGAGGAACAUACUAUGAAGGAGAAUGUCAGUAGCUUAGCAACACACGAACUCGGAAACAGUGAAUCUCUGUCUCGUCCUGUUGGUAGUCAAGUAAACGAACAUGAACAACCGUUUGAGAGGGCACUCACCAGUUUGCCACAGGGAGUUUUUGUAACACAGAAUGGUAGUAAGGCAGAGGUGGCAGUUGGUCCACAACUGACUAGUCAAAAUGAAAAUGGAGAAGAACCUGAUGCUGCAGCACUGGCAGCUGCAGCUGAAGAACGACGAAAGAAAGAUCUCCUGCUUGCAAAGCUAAGGGCAAUGGAUGAAGAAGAAGCAAGUGACAAUUCAACUAACCAACAGACACUGCAGAUUGUGAGGGAUCAUCCCACUGUUGCAACCAGCUCUGGUGACGUCCUUGCCGCAAAGGAGACUUCACCAGAUAUGAAUGGCAUCGGCGAUAUAUUGAAACACGAUCAAUCGUCUAGUCAGUUUGUACUUAGCUCUGAUGUGGUGAGGGAUAGCGCAGCAGUUGAUGUGGUGACAAAACCGGAGCAAGCAUCCGAUCAAGCCUCAAUGAUUAGCAAAUCAAGCAGCCAGUAUUCAUGGAGUAACCGUGUAGAGAAUCUGCACAGCGGUCGGCCUGCGCUCUCUACAGACGAAGACUAUUAUGGUGCACACUCUACUUCGGCAGGCAGACGAGCCACAUCCGAUAGAAUAAAAGCCAGAGAGACCAACCACAGUCGAGAGAAUAGUGACGCUGCAUCGCUUGAAACCCACAGCAGCGGCGAGCAUCGAGAGAGCAGUGGGAAGUCAUUAACUCGUAGACACAAACCCCCUCUAACUGAAAAUCUCACAAAACUAGCAGUCAAUGGUGAAAUGCCACCGCCAGCAGACAAACCAGUAGACGAUUUAGAAGAGACAACCGGAUACCAACCAUCAUUUCUUGAACCUAAGGCAGCUGCACCAAUCGACUCACCCCCUGUAAAGAAGCUGCCUCUCAAAUUUAACAAGAAAAAGCCAUAUCCGUGGGAAACAAGUAUUCCUGUCUUUCCGCAGAGGAAAGUGGGGAGUGAGCAGGCCGAGGCGGGAAAGAGUAAUAACAAGUCUUUAGAUUUCCUUAGUUCAGAGCCACUGCUACCAAGACGGGAGAGGCAAAUUCCAACAAGUAUCAUAACACACGAUACAGUGAACGAUGAUGAUAUAGAAGAAGUUGUGUUGUAGACAUACACUGUAUUAUAUACGUUAUCUGGAUCUCAGAUCGAAGUAAUGAACGUACUCAGUGACAUAGUCAGUUACAUGCAACAAAACAUUUCAAGCUAAUUUAUAUUGGGUACACACACUGUACUACAGUAGUAAUUUCUAUGUAUUGUAAAUUUUGUUGUAAACAUGACCUCUUGCU